AUGAACAACCUGCGCAGGUCCAACAGCACCACGCAGGUGAACCAGCGGGUGAACAGCUCACACAGCACGGAGCAGACAGAAGACUUCCUGGCCUUCUUUGAGGACGAUCCAGAAGGAAGGAAGAAACUGGCAACUCUGAGCAAAACCUCCCCAGAAAAGAAAACCACAUGGAAUAUCUUGGAUGACCAACCCCGGGCGUUCCCUGGCCCCUCUGGCUCCCAUGGCCUCGAGCUGCCCUCAGGCAUGAGGAGGAAGGAAGCCACGGUGCUCCUGGCUGCCAACUUCACUGCCAACAACAGGAGCAACAAGGGCGCAAUGGGCAACUGUGUCACCACCAUGGUGCACAACAACUACUCCACUGCUGAGAGGGGCCCUGCUCCCAAGAGCUCCAACCAGGCUCCCAGUUCCCUCAACAACGUCAUCAAAGCGACCUCGAACGAGGAUGGGGAAGGCAGCAGCAGCUUUGUGAAGUCUCAGAAGAAUUUCUCCAGCAACAACAUCAUGACCCGCAACAACAACAACAGCAGCAGCAGCAGCAGCGGCAGCAGCAUUCCCCGGAGGAGGGAGGUGACCGAGGAGGAGGCCGAGAGGUUCAUCCAGCAGGUGAACCUGGCUGCUGUCACCAUCCAGCGCUGGUACCGGCGGCACUCGCAGCGGCGCAGGACGGCGGCUGCGGCUCUGGGGCGCCUGAUGGCUGCCAAGAGGGAGGAAAGGCAGCAGCGGAUGGACGAGGGGAAUAUCCUGGAUUUGCAGGAGAGGAAGGACGAGGAGCGCCGGAAGAUCCGAGAGGAGAAGGCACGGCUGGCCCGGCACGCUGCCAUCCAGGAGCUGCAGCAGAAAAGGGCCCAGAAAGCCUCAGAGACGAAGUGCUCGGCAGAAGAGCUGGUGCUGGUGAAGGAGAGCAGGAGGGUGCCCAAGAAGAAGCCUGGUGCCAAACCCGCCUCAGGCAGGAAUGUCAGCCCAGCCAGCAGCCUCACCAAAGCCAACAACACCGAGGCCAAUUCCCCCUCGGCUGCAGGGGAGCUGGAAGGAAACGGCCUGGGAGCUCUUGGCUCCGUGCCCUCGCAGGACCCCGGGGCACAGGACAAACUGCAGGAUGUGAGCUCCAGGGAGACAGGUAACGAGGACCUGGAGACAGCAGUGGCUGUUGGCAGCGGGGCUCCAUCCAAGGUCACGCUCAAUGAGCUGCUGGACACCCUCAGACUGCUGGAGGAGGAGCCAGAGCUGCUGCCCCCACCCAAGCUCCUCAGGAAGGACAGAUAUGCCUGGAUGGACAGGGAGCCCAGCUCCAAUUCCCUGACUGCUGAUAACUUGGAGAAGUUUGGGAAGCUGAACCACCCACCAGGGGUCCCUGAGGAUGGGGCUCUGCUCUCGGAGGCCAAGCUCCAGAGCAUCAUCAGUUUCCUGGAUGAGAUGGAGAAGUCGGAGCAGGAGAGGCCCAGGUCGGCCGCCUCAGCCGCACAGCGGGAGAGCUUCCUUUUGGAAGAGGAGCUGGCUCACGUGGAGCAGGUGUCGGCUGUUGCCACGGAGGUGACAAGCUCCAUGAUGAGGCUGAAGCUGGAAGUGGAGGAGAAGAAGAGAGCCAUCAGCCUGCUGCAGACUGCUCUGGCUCAGCAGCGGGAACUGACCGACCGACACGUCAAACAGACCGAGAAGGAGCUCGGCCACCAGCUCAGGCUGCAGAGGGAGCAGUAUGAGGCAGCUAUCCAGAGGCACCUGGCCUUCAUUGACCAGCUCCUCGAUGACAAGAAGGUGCUGAGUGAGAAGUGUGAGGCUGUGGUGGCAGAGCUGAAACAAGUGGACCACAAGUACGGCCAGAAGAUCACGCAGAUGCAGGAGCAGCACGAGCUGGAGAUUAAAAAACUGAAGGAACUCAUGAGCGCAACUGAGAAAGUCCGGCGGGAGAAGUGGAUUGAGGAGAAAACCAAAAAGAUCAAAGAAAUCACGGUGAAAGGGCUGGAGCCGGAGAUCCAGAAGCUCGUGGCCAAGCACCGCGAGGACAUCCGGCAGCUGAAGCUGCUGCACGAGGCCGAGCUGCUGCAGUCGGAUGAGCGGGCGGCGCUGCACUACGGGCGGCAGGCGCAGGAGCUGCGGGGGCUGCUGGAGCGCGAGAAGGAGGAGCAGAGCCAGCGGGAGCGGGAGCGGGCCCGCCAGAGGUGUGAGCAGCAGCUGGAGCAGGAGGAGCAGGCUCUGGAGCUGCAGCGGCGCCGGCUCUACGCCGAGGUGGCCGAGGAGAAGGAGCGGCUGAGCCAGCAAGCAGCCAGGCAGCGAGCGGAGGCAGAGGAGCUGCGGCGGCAGCUGGAGGCCAACAGCUCGGCCCUCACCCGCGCGCUGCGGGACGAGUACGCCAAGGAGAAGGAGGACCAGGAGAGGCGGCACCAGGCAGAGCUGAAGGUGCUGAAGGACCAGCUGGAGCUGGAGAAGCAGGCCUGGGAGGCCAACUAUGUGAAGAAGGAGGAAGCCUGGCUGCUCUCUCGGGAGCGGGAGCUGCGGGAGGAGAUGAGGAAGGAGAGGGACAAAGAGAUCGAGCUGGUGAUCCAGCGCCUGGAGGCUGACACGUCCUUGGCCAAAGAGGAGUGCGAGAGGGCAGCGGAGAACAGGAUCAAGAGGAUCCGAGACAAGUACGAGGUGGAGCUGCAGGAGCUGGAGCAGUCGGAGCGGAAGCUGCAGGAGCACUGCAAUGAGCUCAAGGGGCGGCUGGCCGAGCUGGAAGGGGAGAACAUGCGGCUGCAGGGCCUGCUGAAGCACAAGGAGCAGGAGGUGAAGGAGAUCCGGAAGGAAUUUGCGGACAGGCUGGUGGGGAUGGAGGUGGAGAACGCACGGCUGAAGGCAGAGAUGGCAGAGCUGAGGGCCCGGCAGCACCUGGAGCUGGACAGGCUGGUGCAGGAGAAGGACCGGGAGCUGGAGGAGGUUCACAGGAGGGUGAAGGCGGCGGUGCUGAGGAAGGAGGAGAGCAUGAGCAGCCUGCGGAAGCAGUACGAGGCAGCCGUGCAGAGAGCCAACCUCCUGGAAUCGCUGCUGGAGCAGCAGCGGCAGCUGGCCGCGGAGUGACCGUCCUGCCAGCCAGGGAGCGGGGCUGGGCCUCCCCUCCCUCUUCCCUUCUCCUCCACAGCCUGCUCCCAGU